AUUGCACAUGGCGGACGUUGCUCCUGCCAGGUUCCAAAAUAUUUAUAGAAAUCGGUCGAAAUUAGUGUCGUUUAAAGAAAAUAUUGUUACGUAUAGUCGUUAUCUGACGUGAUAGAGACGUAGUGCCUAUAAGUUUGGGAAAUAGUGUUCGUCUUACGUGGAUGUACACGGAUUUGUGAUGUGUAAUUCUAUGAAGUGUGUGUAAAUACGGUUUCCGAAUGUCCUAUAUUCACGCUGGUAACCAGGCCGGAUGGGAUCGGAUAUCCCGUAUAAGAUGAUUGCUGGAGCCGUUUGAAGAAUCGGUCGUCAUUUUAUGACAAUUUAUUUAGAAGUUGUUUCCGUUUUUGUAUACGUUAAAUAACCUGGAGGAUGAUGGAUUGGUCCAGACCCUUCUCUUAAGAAGGCAUUCUUUAGGAAAUCUGAAUAAUGUGAAAAAUUGUGUAAGCUGGCCGAAUGACCUUAUGCAGUCGUGGCCAUUAGAAGUAAAGAAGAAAGAAAGAAACCAUAACCUACCUACUAAACAAAACCACAAAAGCAUUGGUGGACAGAAAAAUGAACUUGUUAGGAAUACUAAACAAGAAAUAGUUGUUUCCCGUUUUUAUCACUAAUCCAUCGUUACCAAAUUUAGUUAAAAAAAAUAUUUUUUCGUGUGAGAACUAUAACUAUACAAUUUUAUUAAAAACACAAUGAUAUAAAUGCAAAAUUUAAUAACAUUCUAGAAAAUGGGUACAGGUGGCGUCAUCUGUCGCACACUAAUGGAAACAACCUUUAAAAUCAUUACAGGUACCUACGUUCCGACCCCAAAGACGUGUGUGAAAAAGCUUGAAAAAGUUCUUCGAUUUUUCUUGAAAAAUGUCUCCAUACUAACACUUAGUCUGACGUCUCGAAUUAUUUAUUCCCACAUAUGCGCUUAAUCGUUCACGAUGAGUGUGUUGCGAGAAAAGCACGAAAAUAUCAAUCGCCCGUUGCCUACAAUAAAAAACAAACAGGUAAUAACGCCAGAAGAAGUUUUAAGACUCCCGAAGAUUACGGAAAGCUAUUUGUGCGAUCCGGACGCCAACAUCUACGAGAUAGAUUUCACUAGAUUCAAAAUCCGAGACCUCGAAAGCGGAGCUAUAUUGUUCGAGAUAGCGAAACCCGUUCACAUAGAGGAAUCCCUGGAAAAGACUUGUGAUAAUGACGAACCCAUCGACCCCAACUCGGGUAGGUUUGUUAGGUACCAGUUCACUCCCCAAUUUUUAAAAUUGAAGACCGUCGGUGCCACUGUUGAGUUUACUGUGGGUUCUCGACCUGUCAAUAGAUUCAGGAUGAUUGAAAGGCACUUCUUCAGAGAUAAACUGUUGAAAACGUUCGACUUUGAAUUUGGAUUUUGUAUUCCCUAUUCCAGGAAUACCUGCGAGCACAUUUAUGAAUUUCCUAGCCUGCCUGCUGAAUUGGUGAAAGAAAUGAUUGCUUCACCGUUUGAGACCCGCUCGGACAGUUUCUACUUUGUUGAUGACUGUUUGAUAAUGCACAACAAAGCCGAUUACGCUUACAAUGGCGGAAUGCAGACUUAACCCACUUUUUAGGGGACAUUCAACUAAAGAUUACACUUUAGGCAGACUUUUCAUUACGGUAUGUGAUAUACUGUUGUGAACUUUUGGCACAGGUACUUUCUACUUGUAUUUGAUAUUAAACCCAUCCUGUAAUAACCGAAAAAGUCUGCCAAGUGUGCAAGUUUAUUAAUUUACACAGUUUCACGUGUGAAAGGCACAACAAACACAAUUUAAUAAUUUUAAGGGCUUCGGAAAUUUCUAUAGUUCACGUUCCCGCUUUCAGGAAGAGGUAUAAUCAAAAAGAAUCUCGUGUAGUUAUUGGAUAAGAUGUACGCUUUUUGAUAUUACUAUUAUUCAUUUACCUAAAGUACCAGUUCAGGUUGUAAUAGGCAAGGCAAGUAGCUUAAUUUUAAGCUGGGCAUGGGAUGCAUUUAAUUUAUUGAAAAUAUUGUUUUCGAAUAAUAAAUGUUCACUCAAUGUGCUAGUGUAUGAAUUUAUUUCUAGUUGUGUUCACUAUUAAUUACACUCUAGAACAAUUCUCUAAUUAGUUAGAAUGGAGUGCCUCAGCGUAAGGGAAGGGUUGAUGAUAAUCGAUCCCUCGCUAGACUUUACUUAAAAAACUAUGCUUGAUUUGGGUCAGUAUUAAAAGAUUUCGGAAUAAAUCUAUCGAUUUGUUAUUAAUUAGGGAGCACCUAAUUUUAAAUAUGUAGAUCGAUCGUUAUUUUACACUUGUUUAUAUUUGUGAAUUUUUUGGUUUUUAAUAAAUAUUUAUCUACAACACAUUAUUAAGGCACUGAAUU